AUGUCCAAACACAUCCUCAACGUCCAGGUCGCGAUUCGUGCCCCAUGUUGCAAGCAAUGGUUUGACUGUGCAGAGUGUCACGCAGAGACGCAGGACCACCGGCUGGCGAAGGUCAACGAGAUGGCUUUCCUGUGCAAGAAGUGCAAGAAGGCGUUCCGUAAAAACAUGGAGGAGUACGAUGAGAGCGACGAGUACUGUCCCCACUGCGACAACCACUACGUCAUCGAGGCCAAGACUCCGCAAGCCGUCCUUGGAGUGGAAGGCGAAGAUGCUCGAGUGGAUGCCCGCAUGCUCAAGGACGAUCGUACCAAGCAAAAUCCUUCUCGCUCCUUGUUCAAUAUGGAUUUCUCUGACCGUGUGGGGUAG